GUCCCUACGGUCAAGAUAACAUAAGAAGACAGUCGCGCCGCUGGAUCUAGGGUUUCAGGAUAAAAUGUCAUCAUUCCUCUGUACAAGUGGGCUAUAUAUAUCGAUGUACGAGUGGCUCUUCUCUUCACCUAUUACUUUUUCUGUGGCGUUAGGGUUUCUACGAAACACGAUUAAACCUAGAUCGGCAAUUAGCCCAACUCUCUCUCUCUCUCACACACACACUCUCACAAUCAAACGAACACAGAAGAAAGUGUUUUCGUUGUUUCAAUUUGUAUGCGCUUUUACUGAAUGGAAGGAAAUCAAUUGAUGAGAAAAAAACUGCAACAAUAUGAUUGAGUUCAUCGGUGAGCGUUUCACGCGCAGUGAAGCUUAUUUAGCCAUUGAGAACUACCUUAGCUCCAAUGCAUCUCUGCAAGCCAAGCGACUCAAGGCUGAUAUUGCCAAGAAUAGCACCGCUCUGGCUCUGCGCAUGGACGACCACGAAGAGGUUGCUGAUGAGUUCCAAGGGGUCAAAUUUUGGUGGGCUUCUGGGAAAAAGGUCUCCCAAUCUCACUCCUUUUCUUACUACCCUGUUAGUGAUGAGAAGAGGUACUACAAGCUCACUUUCCACAAGAAGCACCGCAAUUUCGUCAUCGCUUCCUAUUUGAGUUAUGUACUCAAAGAGGGUAAGGCAAUUAAGCUCAGAAACCGGCAAAGGAAGCUUUACACCAACUAUGAAUCUUCGUGGAGUCAUGUGGUUUUUGAGCAUCCAGCAACGUUUGAGACAAUAGCCAUGGAGCCACAUAAGAAAAAGGAUAUUAUGGAUGACUUGAUCACAUUCAGUAAGGCAGAAGCCUUCUACAAGCGAAUCGGGAGGGCUUGGAAGCGUGGGUAUCUCCUUUAUGGCCCUCCCGGUACUGGCAAGUCCACUUUGAUUGCUGCCAUGGCAAAUCUUUUAGGUUAUGAUCUCUAUGAUCUUGAAUUAACAGCUGUGAAAGAUAACACCGAGCUCAAGCAACUCUUGAUAGAGACAUCAAGCAAGUCUAUCAUUGUCAUUGAGGACAUUGAUUGUUCGGUAGAUCUUACCGGACAGCGGAAGAAGAAGGAUAAAAACAAAGAUGAUGCAGCGAAGAAGCUGAAAGAAGAGAACGAAACCAAAACCAGUAAGGUUACUCUUUCUGGUCUUCUAAAUUUCAUUGAUGGGCUUUGGUCGGCUUGUGGGGGAGAAAGACUUAUUGUCUUUACAACCAAUCAUGUUGAAAAUUUGGAUCCAGCACUCAUCAGGAGAGGACGGAUGGAUAAGCACAUUGAAUUGUCUUACUGUGGCUUUGAAGCUUUCAAGAUGCUUGCAAAAAACUAUCUUAAUGUUGAAUCACACGAUUUGUUUGCGCAAAUUCGGGUGCUGUUGAAGGAAACCAAUAUGACACCCGCAGAUGUUGCGGAAAAUUUAAUGCCCAAGACUGUUCCGGGGGAUGCUGCAACUUGCUUGCAGAAUCUGAUCAGAGCUCUUGAGAUAGCAAAAGAGGAAGCAAGGCUGAAGGCUGAGGAAGAAUCAGAAAAGAAAAAAUCAUCAUCAGCAAAAGAAGUGAAGGAAACAUCAACUGAAGAAGAAAGUAAAACAAAGAAACCAUCAACUAUAGAAGUGAAUGAGGACAAAUCAUCAGCUAGUUGAAAGAAAGUGAAACAAGGGGUGGGGGCUGUAUCAUCUAAAGAUUACAAGAUAAUAGGUAAGGUUUUUGUUUCUUCAUGACAAGAAUUACUGUAGUAGUCCAAUCUUUUGCAAGUUAGUUAUUAUUAUUAUUAUGUUUAAGUCAAUGUUUAUGUUAUGUGUGGCAUAAACUUAUUAUUAUAAUGUUUAAUUCGAUGUUUAA